AUGAUUCCUAGUAGUAUGGAAGCCGUCAUGUUUUUGACCAAAUUUCUUGGCUUAAAGCAAGAGGUCGAGGAGAGCUUAAAAGGAGAAGGACCUCUGAAGAAAACAUGUCAUGCUGACCAACGUAAAGCAUGUGAGAGAGGCGUAGAAUUGGUAACGGAAGCAGAAGCGAUUCUAUCCAACAGCACCUCAGAUCCCUACAGUGGCUUCUUAGAUAGCCUUAAUAGUUACCCGUGUUCAGGCUCAUCACAGCCGCCUCAUUUUCAGGAACAUCUUAACGACUCCCAAGAUGCUUUACGACUCGACUCACCUUCAGAAUCCAUUGGUCUCGAGCUAACUAGCCCUCCGAGCUCCCAGAAAACGGAGCUCCCUGUUACUAGCCUUAUCGAAGCUUCGGUUUCCGGCUGUUCUAUUCCUUCACUGCUGGCGCCAUGUGAGACUAUUGCUCUGGUGGAAGCUAAUUUGGUGGUGUGCUGA